AUUGGCCAUUUUGCUUUCAUUAAACAAAAUUGACAUACAAACGACGCUCGGUUUAGUUUGAAGACAAAUAAUUUAAUUAUUACGAUUAUUCAUUGAUCGAAAUUCGUUUAAAAUUCAUUUAUCUGUUUAAGAUUUAUAAUUUUAAACAGUUUGUUUUUAAACCGGAAUAAUGCCAAAAAAGAGCAAAAGUGGAUCUGGAUCAGACGACGGUAGCAGCAGCGAGGAGGAAUACUCUGUGGAAAAAGUUUUGGAUAAGAAAGUAGACAGAAAAGGAAAGGUAUCAUACAAAUUAAAAUGGAAAGGAUACUCCGAAGAAGAGAGUACAUGGGAACCCGAAGAACAUUUAAACUGCCAUGAUUUAAUAAAAGAAUUCGAAGAUAAUCGUAAACGUAAACUAAAAGAAAAAGAAGAUGAGGAUAACACACCAAAAAAAGCUAAAACCGAAACAAAGAAAAAAGACGAGGAAACACCAACUGCUAACAAAUCGAAGACCUCAUCAAAAACACCAUCCUCAUCCACUGAUCGUUCCCGUUCAAAAACUAAAGAUUCAGAUGAUAGAAGUAUUCGGAGUGAUAAAUCUGAUUCCAAGUCAAAAUCUUCAGACAAAGAAAAGAAGAAUGGUUUUCAACGUGGUUUAUCACCGGAAACAAUAAUUGGGGCAUCGGAUAGUUCCGGUGAUUUAAUGUUCUUGAUGAAAUGGAAAGGUACCGAUGAAGCUGAUUUAGUUAAGGCAAAAGAUGCAAAUGUGAAAUGUCCACAAAUUGUUAUUAAAUUUUAUGAAGAACGACUUACGUGGCACACACCUACCUCUCAAGAAAAUUAAUUGCACUUGAGUUAAUUCUCGUAUUAAUUAAAAAUAUUGUUUAAGUUUAAUUCAUUCAUUAAUUAUUCUUUUUUUUUAUACCGUUCGUAGUGAUUUUAAAUCAAUCUCAUCAAGCAUACACGGCAGUCAGGCCUAGUAUUUGACACGUUAUUUUCGAAAUUUGAUCAAUUUUUAUAGUCAAGGAUCUAGAAUGGGGUCUAGAAAAUUUUUAAUUACAGACCAGGCCCGUGUUUUGGAUUCAUCCACGAGGAGUUUAAACCUUUGUUCAUCAUGGUAGGACAUAACAUCAACUCGUUUUCGUUUUCGAAUUCGUUUUUCGAAUAAAAUAACAAUUUAUUAUGUCAAAAUUUAUUUUCAAAUAAGUUACUUUUUCGAAACUGUGUACGCAUCGAGAUUAAAUCGUUUUUAGGCCGGUUCUCAGACAUUGUCGAUCUAAGGUAUGUUUUGAGACUUCGAAAAGUUGACGAGAAGCGUUCACCCGUUGCUGUUGUCGCUCGAAAAACUUCCAGAACAGAAAGGAUUUGGUAGAACUUUUUAAAAGCAUUUUCAUUGCAAAUAUCGAAUGAAUUUUUGACAUCCUAUAAUGCAUUUUCGCCAAAGUUCAACUUUGUCGACCCAGAUAUCACAGAAAUUUCCUUACAAAAUUGAAAAAUAUGGUUCGAAAAGUUCGAUUACUUCGAUGAUGCUGACGUAAAGGAAGCUGGCUUGACAGAAAGAGAAAUUGAGAACGUAUCUGGAGGAAUCGAAGGAUUAUAUCUUAAACAGAUUGUGAUUCGAAAACAAUCUUCAACUGGAUCAGUCUGUACAUUCGAGCGUUGCGUUUUUUUUUGACGCGAGACUUGAUUUCCGCAAUUCAAUGUCUUAUUCAUCGCAAAUCUCGUAAUAAUUAAGAUCAAGUAAAUGCCAACAAAAUGACGAAAUAGCUAAAAUAGUCAAUAGAAAUGCGUUUCAUAAAGGGGCUGCAUUUACAGGACUAAUUUAUUUGGAGAGAUUCUCAAUGGGAGGGAGGGGCUUUGACCUUCCAAACCUUCUUGCUCUUUGUGCGCACGGGCCUAUUGAAAACUUAUUAGAAGAUGAAUAAAAAUUAAUGAUUUUCAAGGUCUGUGUCAGUGUUGGACACAGGCCUUGAUAACAUCUUAGAAAUGACUGUCAAAUACUUGGCCUGACUCUGGACCUAAGUACCAAUAUUUUCGAUUUGUUUUUUUUAUAAUUAAAAUAUUUUCUUCAAAUCUCUGAAUAUUUUUUAUUUAAUUUUUGACAUUUUAAAAAUCGCAAAGCUUUAUAAAUCGAUAUUUUUUUUUUUUUUUUGAAUUGAUUAAUUUUGAGUCCGUUUCUGGAACUCAUUUAUUAUUGUAAAAUUAAAAAAUAUUUGUAAGUAAACUAUUGUACUCUAAAUUAAAGUGAUGCUUAUGAUUGAGUGCUAUUUCAUUUGGUGUCCAAUUAUAAGUAUAUUGUAUUAAGUUUCUGAUAAAAAAAUAUAUAUACAUCCCUAAAAA